ACAGGAUCAGCAAGAAGGAGUUGGAGUGUUGUGUGAAGGUCUGCAUGAGGGAUAGGUGAUGCAGCAGGCAGAAGAACAGAUGGAAAAGGGGCUGCGGGUGCUUGUGUGUCCAGUGUGCGGGCGCAAGUUUGUGGGCAAGAAUCAAGCCAAGCGAUCUAAACUGGAACGUCACCUGCGUACACACACUGGAGAGCGCCCUUUCCAGUGUCCGCGAUGUGACUACCGUGCCAGCUUCAAGUGGAACCUCAAGGCCCACGUCCUCAGCCGUCAUGGCCAAGAGUUUCUGCAAAGCGCACCUCCUCCUUAGCCUUCCUGUCCACCAAGUUUUGUGCCUCCAUAAUAGUUUUGCUCUUAGUCCCAUGUGCAGGCCUUUUGUGCAUACUAGUGCAGCCAGUUACCGUCUCACAUUUGCUUCAUGAUAUUUUAUUUUUACCCUUAAAUAAUUGUCUUUGUGUUAUAUAAAGAUAUGUAUAGGUCUCCUGCUGUACAGAAUCAUUGGUGGUAAUAUACUCUCAGUCUGUGUUUAUAAAUUAUGAAUAAUGCCCUCAUUUUGUAUUAACUUUGUCUCUGUCGCUUUUGGUCCUUCAAACAAAUGUACAGCUUCUUCAGUUUUCCUUUACUGGAUUUAACUCUACUUGUACAGUACAGUAUAUGGUACCAAGGUAGACACUAAACUUUUCUGGAUUAUCAAGGAUAAUUUAUCACUGGUUUUCACUUUAGACUUUAUGAUUUUCUUAUAAAGAGAAUUUUUAUGUUUAAUUUAAUUUUUUCCCAAGAGAGAAAUGGAAAAUAUUAAAUAUAAAUGUUACUGUUAUGUAUAGUGUCAUCUCUUGUUGAGAGAGAAACUUUAGUGUUAAAUAUUUAUUGGCCAGAGUAGAGGUACAGUUUAUAGUGAUAACAUUGUGAUAGUCUUAUGGAGAGCAGAAGGUGUAAGGUGAUACAGUACAGUAUAAUUCUCUGUGUUUGAAAGUGAAAAGUGGGAUAUCCUCUACAAUGCUUCUCACUUUUCAAAAUAAAAUUUUCAAUAAUGUG